AUGACUCAUUCUUGGCAAUCUAAUCUCAAUCUCCUGUUCCUAUCUCUGCUGUUUACGUUCCUCGUAUUAGGUGGAGUGAACGUAUCCGCGGCCGAGCUGGAAGAUAGUUCGACACCUGCCAAAUCAUCAGGAGGAGCAGGGAUCCUCGGAACUGUCAAACAUAUAUACAAAGUAGCUGUUAAUGGACCUGAUCCGAACUUGUUAUAUGAGAAAGAUGCGGAAGAUGGGAUUGAACGAUUGACGGAUGAUAAUUAUGUUGAGAAAGUUGAACGUCCCCUGGCGCCGAGUGGAGAUAAGAAAGAUGAUCAAGUUUGGGUUGUCCUAGUCCACGGUAAAUCUACAGAUGCAGCUUCGAACAUCCUAUUAGAUUAUCACAAACAAGCUUCCGACCUGGUCAAAGCGGAUCCUGAGCUGGAGAAUGUGAAAUUCGCAAGAUUAGAUUAUUUAACAUCUUGGAAGACUUGUACGAGGUGGUUAUUGAAAAGACCCCCAUAUUUGGUAUUCAUCACUUCAUCAGGUAAACAACUUCGAUUCGGACCUACCCAAUCAUUAGGAAACGGACCCGAAAGUCUGUACAAGGUAAUAAAGGAGAAGAUGUAUGAAGUGGUUUUACCUUGGGAUGGUAGAUGGUCACCUAACGGAGAUCGAUCAUAUCUGAUUGAAUAUUACAUUCAAGCUCAUGAAACAAUCUCCAAAUAUACAAAUGGGAUACCCAACUGGAUGAUCCUUGCGUUUACGGGGAUAAUCACUCAACAAUUGAUGAGUUGGUUACAUGGUUCGUCCACUCCUGCUCGUGCUCCUGCUGCUCCUACGAGCCAAAGGCAAGUGAGGAGAGAAGAGAGGGUUUUGGUAAAAGAAGAUAAGAAGAAUUGA